CAACUUAAAUUAUUCCUUUUUAAAUAUAAUUUCAAAAGAGUUAAUUUUUGAUAAUAUACACUUACAAAGAUGGUUGUUGAGUUAAAUAAUGAGAGUGAUGUUCAGGAUGAUGGAGAUGAUGAAGAUGCAGAUAAUUGUGAGUCAAAGAAGCAAGGAAUUGCUGGAAUGGCAGACAUAAUUAACAAAAUCUUAGAGAAACCAAUAUCCAAUAAUAAACAAGAUGGAAUAUUGAGUAAAAGUAAAAAGUCAAAGAAACGAAAGAUUGAAAUGAAAGAAAAAAUAGUUGAAAAGAAAAAAAAAAUUGAAGAAAGAACACUAAUUAAAGAAAAAUGUCAUGUGAUACCAACUCGUUCAAAUGCACAAAAAGAAAUUCUUUUAAAAAAAAUUGCAACAAAGGGAGUUGUGAAGUUAUUUAAUGCUGUCAAUGCUCAUCAAAAGACUAUGUCUGAAAAAAUGAAAGAUGCAAAUACAGAGUCUAAGAAGGAAAAAGCUGCAACAAGUGCAUCAAAGUCAACUUUUAUGGAUCUCCUGACAAAGAAAUCCCAGGUAUCUGACAAUGUUGAUAAUGCAAAUACUAAUACACCUUCAAAAUGGCAAGUCCUUCGAGAUGAUUUUAUGUUAGACGCGUCCAUGAAAGAUUGGGAUAAAGAAGUUAAUAAAAAAAAAUCAAACGAGUCUAAAGAAAUUUGCCAAUUUGACUCAGAUAAUGAAUGUUGAGAAGAAUUUGAUUUUUAACUUGAUGAAACCACGGCAAAGAUUUUGAGCUAAUUGAGAUAAGUUAAGCAAACCCUACGAACUUUAGUCAAGACUACAGAAAGUGACUUAAACUAUUGAAGCAAGAAAGUAUAUACAUAUUUUUAUAA